UCCGCCUGGUCUUGGGAACGCUCGCUUGCUCGGAGGCCCGCCUUCAGGGUGUUGCCGGCCUUUUGGCUCCGCCCCUUGCGUAAUUCAACUUCCGCUCGGGGAGAGGCCGCUUCCGUCUCCUCUGGCGCACUGACCCGCGCUAUGGCCGCGCCGCGGCCUCUGCGUGUGUUGUGCUUGGCGGGUUUCCGGCAGAGCGAGCGGGGCUUCCGCGAGAAGACGGGAGCGCUGAGGAAGGCGCUGCGGGGCCGCGCCGAGCUAGUGUGCCUCAGCGGCCCGCACCCGGUUGUGGACACAGCGGGCGCCGGGCCGGAGUCCGGGUCCUGCCCUCCGGAGGAGCAGCCUCGAGGCUGGUGGUUUUCGGAACAGGGGGCAGACGUUUUCUCCGCGCUGGAAGAGCCCGCAGUGUGCAGAGGUCUGGAAGCAGCCCUGGGGACGGUGGCACAGGCACUGAACCAGCUGGGACCUUUUGAUGGGCUCCUUGGUUUCAGCCAGGGGGCAGCGCUAGCAGCCCUUGUGUGUGCCCUUGGCCAAGCAGGUGAUCCCCGGUUCCCCUUGCCAAGGUUUAUCAUCUUGGUAUCUGGUUUCUGUCCUCGGGGCCUUGGCCUCCAGGAAUCCGUCCUGCAGGGUCCCUUGUCGCUGCCUUCACUCCAUGUUUUUGGGGACACUGACCGUGUCAUCCCCUCUCAGGAGAGUAUGCAACUGGCUAGCCGAUUCACUGGAUCCAUCACUCUCACCCACUCUGGUGGCCACUUCAUUCCAGCAGCUGCAUCACAGCGCCAGGCCUACCUCAAGUUCUUGGACCAGUUUGCAGAGUGAGAGAUCAACACAUGCCUGGGUCCCUGUAUCCUCCUCCUCACCUCAGUGGGGACACUGACUUUGGGGCAGCCUCUAUGAUCCCUGCUCUCCCCUUGUCCCUACCCUGGGACCUCCACUGCUAUUUGUGCUCCUCACCAUCACCAAGUAAGACAAAUACCAGUUCUUGCUCCCCGGUGUGGCUCAGUGGUUGAGCUUUGACCUAUGCACCAGGAGAUGACAGUUCCAUUCCCAGUCUGGGGACAUGCCUGGGUUGCAAGCUCAGUCCCGGGGUCCAGGAGAGGGGGAGGUGGGGGAGA